GGUUAUUUCAAUAUGGCACCAGCAAAGAAAAGUGUAAACGCAGCAAACAAUCGUUCUGCUCCGUAUGAUGCAGACACACGAAGCUACACAGUUGCAUCUUUGAAAGGCGAACUCACCAAACGAGGAGUGUCAUUUCCAUCGACGGCAAAAAAGGCAACAUUGCUUAACCUCCUGCCACAGUCAAUAAGACAAACUCAAGACAGCGAAACACUACCUGUACCUGAUAUCCCCUUCACCAAUGAAACCGGAGAAAUAGGGGAUCAGCGGGAUUUAAACGCCGGUAGUAAUAAUCGGGUACUAAUUGGAUUAGUAUCCAAAUUGUCAUCGACCGUUCGAGCUUUGCAAAAGAAUGUGUCCACCCUUACUCAAAAGGUAAACAAUUUGACCAAUACGCCAACUGAAUCUAGGAAUAUUCAAAAUGAAUAUCCCGAAAAUGGGCCUUCAAAUACGGAUACAAACGUGGAAAACUCACAAAUGCACGAAACCUUCAAUAUCGAAAAAGCGCUUCACGCACACAAGAAUCCAUCUACAUCUUCUUCUGGUAGGACUACCAACGCAAACAUCGGAACAUAUAAACGAACAAGAUUCGAAUAUGCCGCAGAAUCCCUACCAAUGGUCGAGACUAUCUCUCCAACAAUCCGCAACCAGAUAAUAACAGGUAGGGAUGUUCUUGCAUCGUUAUUUAUUCCAUACUGUAAUGGCCCUUCGAGUGAUGGGAAAGACAGCAGUAAAGAUAUAAGACUAAAUAGAUUGCUAAAAAUUGGAGAAUUUAUUAAUGCCUUUGGCAUUUACAAAAAUAUACUUGGUAAUGUCUAUCCACAACGAAGAGAAGAACUCGAUAAAUAUGAAAGAGACAUCGUUGACAUGGCGACAAGAUACCCAGGGAAAGGUUUUUAUGAGUACCAUAAACAGUUUAGUCUGACGGCCGCAGCUCAUUUGCGCUACAAUGAUAUUUUAGUCGAUUGGUCAAUACGGAACAAUACUUUGUUCUGCAAUGUUUUCGCUAAUAGCCGCCCAAACACAUGCCAGUUUUGCUAUAGUACGUUGCACCUUACUGCGUUCUGUCCCACCCAGAACGAUGGUAAAAGCGUGAGAACUGUUGUCCCAAAUGUUAACAACGGUGCAAACGAUACGGCCGAAGGGCGGGGAAAUUUGCAACAAUUACAACGGAAUACGAGGCUGCGCUAAACCUAGGUGUCACAACAUACAUGUGUGUCUUGAUUGCAAGGGCGAUCAUUCAAAACCAGUCUGCCCCGUUUCAAAAAACUACAAUCAGCCUCUUCGUCAAGGGGCAAACAGGAAGCACUUCAAACUAUGACUUAUCUAUCAAAACACCAAUAUACAUAAAUGAACUUCAAAUGUUGCUAAAAGACUAUCCAGACAACAAGCCAGAACAAUAUUUAAUCAAGGGACUCUUUAAUGGAUUCUAUACUGGCAUCCAAAGUCUUCCAAAUAUAUCAAUCGAAUGUAAGAAUUUAAGAUCAGCUUUACGACAACCAGAGGUGGUGUCAGAACUAAUAUCUUCCUAAAUCUAGUGUGGAAAUAUGUAUACAGAAAGAAGUAAUAUGGCGUUGGUAUAUUUUAAUUUUAUAUCCUGCAUAUUUCUAUUCAGGGAUCCUAUGUCUAUGUCUCUUGAAUAAAUUAUUCAUUGGACAAUUGAAUUCCGCAACUCAUUGUAAGAGCUAGAUCAGACAGGUCACGUCAGUCCAAUGCGGUGAUAAUAUCGUUAUAAAUAAGACAAUAUACUCAAAUAAUAUAUCUUGUACAUCAAAAUGUUAGUAGUAGCAAUAAUAAGUGUCCGAUCCCUCAUAAGCACCUCCGGUAGUCUAGAACACAGUUCCUUCUUAACAGGAUCUGUAAACUGAACUUGUCCGUAUCUGCCAAACAACCUGGGAAAAGAUACGUACCGCUAAUCACCAUGUAUAAAUCACCGUGUAUCUGAGUACAAACACAAUUUUUUAAACAAAAAUAAAACAUCUCGUAAUAAAUGUCUAUAGGUUUAUGCAAACAAUCUUUAUUAUCCAUAUUUACUCAACUUCAUGCAUACAGUACCCUCACUAGUAUUAUCAUGGCGCUGACGUCUCAUCUUACAAAAGUACAUUCACCAGUAUUGGUUAUGGUAGCCUUGUCUCAAAUAAAAUAAUAUAACAUGUAUUCUCAUGGCUGUGCAGCCUCAUCUCAAAGAAAAUAACAAGUAUUCUCAUGGCUUAGCAGCCUUAUAGCAAAAAAAAAUAUAAUGUCACCAGUAUUAUCAAGGCUCUGCAGCCGCAUCACAUGUACGGAAAAUCAAAAAUUAACACUAGAAUUAUCACAUUUCUGCAACCUCAUUCAUUAAUAUUUCGAUUUGAAAAAAAAAACUUAAUAUCCACAUGUUACGCACAGGACAAUCGUAGAGCAAUCGUAUGAAAUUCAGAAGAACGUUCAUGAAACCAUGGAGGAAUUGGUUUAGAUGAAACAAAGGAUCACAUCUACCUACGAUAAAGGAUUGCCCAAUCAUCAUAAUGAACAAUGCGACUAAAGCUAUCAGCAGCUCAGCUUCUCAUUUAAUGAUCGAGUAAUUCACUCUACCUUCAAGUUAAUGCCAUUUUCUAGACAUGUUGUGUAGAUCACAUAAGCCAACCAAAGCACCCGAUUCUGCAAUUAGUACAUAAGUAAUUGUUAACUUGUGAGAAGUAAUGCAAUUGACUAUCUGUUAACUUUCGUCAUUGGUCAUUAAUGAUCUCCGUUAGCAACUAACCACUUCACUAACCUUUUCUCUAGUACUAACGGAUAGGCAUACCGAGAGGGCGUCACCCACUACUCCAAUAAUGGAUUUCUAUUGUUUGAAACAAAUCUUAUUAUUAAUUAAAUAAAAUAUUUGUAUAAAUUAAAAUAUAGUGUUAACAAGUUUAUAAAUAUAUACUGUUUUUUUUUAAUGUAUUUUAAAAACCCCAACACAUGGAAGAUUUACUUUUGUGUAGGGACAAGACCUGGGCCUAGCUUUUGUGUAUUUCAAAAUUAAGAAAAUAUAUAAAACUACAGUAUACAGGUAGGCCUAGAAUGUUUUCUCCAAAAAUCUUUAACAACACAGUCAACAAGAAGGGUGCUUUAUCAGGCUCUAUCCAGCCUACCUAGCUUAGGCCUACAUUGGGACAGGCCUGAGGAGGCUCAAGUUAGGCCUAGCCCCAGUCUGCAUAAGUAGUAGGAUUGAGGAAUAGAGUUAUAAAUAUGUAGGUGCCCGGCCCUAUUCAACUUGAUUGAACAGUAAAAGGUUACAGUCUGGGCUGGUCUCUACGGCUCCAGCCUGCUAAUCCUGGUAUAUUGGCAAGGUAGGGUCCUGUCUUUUGGGGCUGAGGUGAUUUGUUACUGUAGCUUCAAGUACUUCGCCACCAAUUUGCUCAUUUUUGUUACAAAAUGACCCAGUAAAAGUGACAAAAUAGCCAACUUAUUUUAAGGCUUUGAGGCUUCUACGAUGAUUGAUUUGAACAUUUUAGUAUAUGUACAGUAUAGUACAGUAAAUACUUAUAUACUGUAAAGCGCUUCACACCGAAAUGGUCUCAAAGCACUCAAUGUGUGGACGGCUCUUUACCAUAUGUAACUUGCUUCUCCCUUAAGGGUCUCUACGUGUCUGAGCUACCCGGUAAACCGGGACACUCUUCAGUAGGGGCUAAAUGGACCAGUAUGCCAGGGUAAGCCCCCUACUCGUCUCGAAAGUAAUUACACUGGAUCUACGGUUUAUAGUCCUUAUCCGUGAAGAACUGUUUCACAACCAGAACCUAGGCGUACGUGCCAUUCUAACCAAUCCGAUAUUAUAACUGUACGUGGAGGUUUCCACCCUUAACUGUUCGUUUAUCCAACUCGCCAUAUAGGCCAUGCCUACUGUAUGUUAUUUUAUUAAAAAUAAAAAAAAAUAAAUAAAAUAUACUAUUUUAAAAUUAGUAUUAUACUGUAUUGUAAAUUAUAAUUAAUUAUAUUAUAGUAUGUAUAUUGCAUUCACAAACUAAAUUCAUGAUACUUUUUUAUGACUUACCCGUAGUAUAUCGUUGACGAACGAACCGCCGCCAGAUAGCAUUAGUACAGUAGGAAGGCCAAGUGAGAGAGUAUUUUAAAGGAAUAUUCGUAUUUAAAUAUAAUUUGUUGUUUUUUGAUUUUUUUCUUAAAGAAAUUUAUGAAACAGUCACAACAUACAAACCUUUACAAGAUUCGCAUCUACAGAGCUGUACUGACAUUACAUAAGUUAGAGGUUUAGAAUACACCUCAAAUACAGACAAAGCGCAUAAAGAUCUUCAAUCAACGCUGUCUUGAAACGCUGUUGUGUUAAAAGAAUAUCGAUGUUCAGGGGCGGAUUUAGCCCCCCCCCCCCUUUGGGAGGUAAAAAAAGAAAAAAAAAAAGAAAAAAAGAAAGAAAAGGAAAAAAAUGAUAGCCCACAACGCCUAAAAUGUUACCGUAUUUUCGGGCGUCUAGAACACAAAAAUUAGGUCAUUGUUGUCUCGAUCGGCCCAAAUUUCGGCCCCCCUUUUGGUGUGGACUUGUUUUGAGAAUUCCAUACAUCAGACUUAAUAAUUAAUAUCUUUUGAGAUGGACUCUUACCUACUGUACUCAUUCUACUCAUGGCAGAAGAUCACAGUGCAGAUUAAAAACAAAAGAAUUUUGGGUGAAAGUUGCCAACGAGGAUGUUUUUACUGAAAAUUGUUUAGAACAAGCUACCGUAUUAACCGAAAAACAUUGAGGAUCCCGAGACUUGAUCAACCUGAUAUCGACAACCAAUCACCUUAUGAAAAGACUGCUGAAACUUUAGAUGUUUUGAAACCAAGCUUUGUAUUGUGAGAUGGAAUUUUUGUUUGACCUAAACCUGGCAUUUAAAAUACAAACCUUGCAUUAAAUACUUUCUAUGUUCUAGUGUUUAAUUUACUGUAAUUGCUGUGCAAAGAGAAUGAAGUAUACAUUAUUACAUACUGUGCAAUUCUUUAAAAAUGCUUUAGAAAAAUGUUCUGUUGGCCCCUCAUAGAAUUAACUACUUUAAUUAUAGUAAAAUGACAUGCAGCACUCUACAGGCUAACAAAUAUUUACUACCCCACUAUUUCAUGAUGUUACUGUAAUUAUGAAAUCUAUGCAAUUAAUUAUAAAGUGUCAGUAUUUUAUUUAAGUAUUUUACAAUAUAUCUCUGAUCAUGGAUUAAUAUGUUUUAAAAUAAGGGGAAAGCCAUUAGUAGUACUAUGUUUAUGGAGUUGAAUAGCUUGGUGUUUAAGUUAACUGAAUUUCUACACUAAUAAAUAUGUGUUCAUUUAGGUGUGUUAAAAAGAAAAAUAUCGUCACAAACAACGUUUUGGUUUCAUAUUCCUUAAGACAAGGUGGGAUUUUAAUGAUAUUGUAUGUACAGUAGUAAAAUGCUGAUUGCUCAAGUGUGAAAUAUGUUAAUAUAAUACAAAAACAUACGCAUAUAGAGUAGUACAGUACUUUGAAAUUUUAAAUAAAAGAACAUCACUCAAGACUAGUAACAUAUUUCUUCCAGAAGCUUCAUACUGCAUAUCACCUGAUGAAUGCACUGUAUGGUAAUGAAAGCUUCUGGAAUUUACAGUAUGUCUGUUUUUUUAAUCAUUUUAAAUGACCAACCAAUGUUUUACAUUAUUUUUUUUAGUAUUGUUCAUAUUUUAUGCUAAAUUAUAUGUAUAUUAGUACAAAAUAUAUUGUAAUUAUAUUGUAUUAUAAUGCAUAUUAUGUUUCCCCACCAAUCCAUAGUCAGAUUUGUUAUCCAUGCUUUAAAUCUUGUUCUGUGAACAGAUCUUUUGUAAUCUACAUUUUUUAAUUAUUUGUAUUCAUAUAUUUUAUUAAUAUUAUUGUUUUGUUAUUAAUAAUAUUAUGUUGUAAAUGAUUAUUAAUAAUAUUAUGGUGUAAAUGAUAUUUAGUAUAGUAGUAGCAAUUCAAUGAAGCAGUUUUCCAGGUUUUGCUUAAUAAUUUUAUCUUUAGUAAUGUGCAUUUGAACAAAAAAAAAACUGGAACCUUGGUUUUACUGUACUAAUAUAGAUUAUGUAUAAACUCCUAUUACUGUACAAUGUUUCUUCAGUGCAAUAUUCAGCUUAUCAUCAUAAAGGCUUUGUCAAGUUACCUCUAUAUAUUAGUAACGCAUCUCUGUAUCAAAUUAAAUCCUCGAUGUUCUUGAUGCUUAAUUUUACUGUAAGAAUCACUAAGGUUAAAAAAUGAGUUGCAGACUAAACUUAAGUUAUUAAAUGUAGCUGUUUUUUUUUAUAAUUUCUAGUGCAAGAAAUAUAUAUUUUAUUUAUUAACAGUCGACUUCAGUAAAUUUUAUAUCAUUCCAAGACCAAUGGUAUCAUAGAAAUUAGUUCUGUGGGGGUUUCAAAUUUACUAUUAGUAUAAAACUUCCUUAUGUUAACUUUGUAGUUUCUGCAUUUGACAUUCAUUUGUAUAAAUAUGUUAUUAUAAUAUUAUAUAAUUGUGACUACAAAGGUAAUAAAUGUUAA